AUGAUGGAGGACAGAGGCCCAGCAGCCUUUGAGGACAAGCGGAGGUACCCGUCGGGGAGCCCCACUUUGUCGGCACCAGUGGAGAGCCCGGCUGGCCAAGGCACGCCCACACCCAGCAAGACCUUGUCCUCGGCCCGCAGACAUCUGAGCAGGAAGCAUGGGCUCUCCAAGCUCUGCCAGAGCAAGGUGGCACUCUCUGAGGACAGGUGGAGCUCCUACUGCCUGUCAUCGUUGGCAGCCCAGAACAUCUGUGCCAGCAAGCUGCACUGCUCUGGCCUGCUUGAGCUCUCCGACCCGGCCGGCUCCCUGGGCAGCUCCUCCUGCUGCUCCCUGCUACGGGGCCUGCCCUCGGGCCUGUCUGCAUCUCUGCUCCCAGCCCCUGUGGGCAAUCCCAACAAGGCCGUCUUCACUGUGGACACCAGGACCACUGAGAUCCUGGUUGCCAAUGACAAGGCCUGUGAGCUUCUGGGCUACAGCAGCCAUGACCUGAUUGGCCAGAAGCUCACGCAGUUCUUCCUGAAGUCGGACUCGGAUGUGGUGGAAGCCCUCAGUGAGGAGCACAUGGAGGCUGAUGGUUGCGCCGCUGUGGUGUUUGGGACAGUGGUGGACAUUGUCAGCCGCAGUGGGGAGAAGAUCCCGGUGUCCGUGUGGAUGAAGAGGAUACGGCACGAGCGUGGCCGCUGCUGCGUAGUACUGCUGGAACCUGUGGAGAGGGUCUCGGCCUGUGUCUCAUUCCAGUGCAAUGGGACCAUUACGUCGUGUGACAACCUCUUUGCACAUCUCCAUGGCUACAUGUCUGCAGAAGAGGUGGUCGGGCAGUGCAUCACGGACCUGAUUCCCUCUGUGCAGAUCCCUCCCCCUGGCGAGCACAUCCCGAAGGAUCUCAGGAUUCAGAGGUCAGUGGGGAGGGCGAGGGAUGGCGCCACCUUCCCCCUGAGCCUAAGACUCCAGCCCAGGCCUGCUCCCGAGGAGGUAGAAGGUGGGCCGACUGUGCCUGAGCCCAGCUACGUGGCCUCAGUCUGGGUGUUGUGUGCUGUCAGUGGCCUCAUCACACUCCUGCCAGACGGGACCAUCUACGGCAUCAACCACAGCUUCGCGCUCACGCUGUUUGGCUACGGGAAGGCUGCGCUCCUGGGCAAGAAUAUCACCUUCCUGAUCCCUGGCUUCUACAGCUACAUGGACCUUGCCUAUGACAGCUCCCUGCCCGUGCCAGACCUGGUCCAGCGUCUGGACGUUGACCGUGAGGGCAGCCCUAGGGGAGUGUCAGCAGGGCCCUGGAGAGGCUGGGACUUGUCCAGUGGGACCCAGGGCCCCAAUGAGAACAUCAUGCUCACCACCACUGGUGCUGUGCGGAAGGACAAGACCCUGUCAUCGGCUGGGAGCCAGGGAGAAGCCUUCCUGGAGACACAGGCCCCGAGGGAGCCUGGGGGCCUACCCCCUGCCCCAAGCUCCUCCCAGCCAAGCCCGGGAGCAGACACCACAGGAGGACUCCUGCUGUCCCGGGACCAGCAGACCCAGCAGGGACCAUGGGAGGAGGGCGCCCAGCAGGACCCUCAGGACGGUGGGUCUGAGCCUGGAGGUGAAGGCGUGCAUGCUGUGCGUGAAGACCCCGGAACCCCGAACGCAGCAGAGGAAUGGAGGAGGAAUGUUCCAGAGUGUGGUCUAGAUCCAAGGGGGGCCACAGGUGUCAGUCCUCAGGCCGAGUCUGCCGGGCCUGAGCCCCACCCUGGGAGCCGGUCAGCAGCAGCUGGCUCCCCGUCUCACUGCCCCCGGUGUGGGACUGAGCUGCUUGUCCAGCAGGAGGGCCUGAGCCCCCCAGGAACGACACACGUCUGGCUGGGGGUGCCAACACCGGACGAGCUGUGGUUGGGUGGUGUCAGUGACAGGGAAGAACUACAAACGUGCCUGAUCAAGGAGCAGCUGUCUAUGCCGAGCUUUGUGGGAGACAGGGACACCCCCUCUGCCGAACCUCUCCCCACAAAGCACCCUGCCUUUGCCACCCCUCUGUCACUCUGCGACCUUGGGGGUAGAGACCUGCAGGGCAGCCACUUGGGCAGCUCCUCAGCCUGCUGUGCCCUGGCCACAGACCUCCCUGGUGCCCUGGAGCACACAGAUGAGCAUGAUGCCAACAAGGCCAAGUUCUCCUGGGACUUCAAAGAGCUCUUCCUCAGUGACCGAGCAGCCUGGGCAUCGUCAAAUGGCUCCCACACGACCUUGGAUCUCAGCCGGAAGCCCUCUUCUCUGGGUGUGGGCUCAGACCUGGAUGAGGGCAGCCUUCCAGGGCAGCAGUCAGAUGCCCUGGGGCUGGACCAGGAGGGCCUGCUGCCCAGCAGCACCUCCUCUGACUUCAGCAUUUCCAAGGAGGGCUGCCUGGUCCACGGCCGGGUGGCACUGUCCAAGGCCCGCCCACUGUCCUCCCUGUCCCCUGAAGCCAGCCUUGGAGAUGUGCUCCCACACGUAGAGCCAUCAGAGCUGGGCCUCCAGGCAACCUCCACACCGAUCCAGGAGGGCACCUACGUGGGCAGCUGCUACCACCGCGAUGGCUCACGGCUAAGCGUGCAGUUUGAGGUGCGGCGUGUGGAGCUCCGUGGCACGGCCACACUCUUCUGUUGCUGGCUGGUGAAGGACCUGCUGCACAGCCACCGGGACGCGGCUGCCCGUACCCGCCUGCUGCUGGCCAGCCUGCCUGGCUCCACCCACUCCAUGGCUGAGCUGCCAGGGCCCAGCUUGGGCGAGAUGCUGAGAGCCAAGCCUUGGUCUGAGGAGGCCCCUAAGGCAGCUGAGCUGGAGGGGUUGGCAGCCUGUGAAGGCGCAUACUCCCACAAGUACAGUACGCUGAGCCCACUUGGCAGCGGAGCCUUUGGCUUUGUGUGGACCGCCGUAGAUAAGGAGGAGAGCAAGGAGGUUGUGGUGAAGUUUAUUAAGAAGGAGAAGGUCUUGGAGGAUUGCUGGGUUGAGGAUCCCAAACUCGGAAAAGUGACCCUGGAGAUCGCCAUCCUCUCAAGGGUGGAGCAUGCCAACAUCAUCAAGGUGCUGGACGUGUUUGAGAACCAAAGCUUCUUCCAGCUGGUGAUGGAGAAACAUGGCUCUGGGCUGGACCUCUUUACAUUCAUCGAUUGCCACCCUAACCUGGAUGAGCCCCUGGCCAGCUACAUAUUCCGGCAGUUGGUGUCAGCGGUGGGAUACCUGCGCUCGAAGGACAUCAUUCACCGGGACAUCAAGGAUGAGAACAUUGUGAUCGCGGAGGACUUCACGAUUAAGCUGAUAGACUUUGGCUCUGCCGCCUACUUGGAAAGUGGGAAGUUAUUCUACACCUUUUGUGGCACGAUCGAGUACUGCGCGCCCGAGGUGCUCAUGGGAAGCCCGUACCGGGGCCCAGAGCUGGAGAUGUGGUCACUGGGAGUCACCCUGUACACCCUGAUCUUUGAGGAAAACCCCUUCUGUGAGUUGGAGGAGACUGUUGCAGCCGUGCUGAACCCUCCGUACGUGGUGUCAAAAGAGCUCCUCAGCCUCCUGUCUGGGCUGCUGCAGCCUGCCCCUGAACAACGUACCACCCUGGAGAAGCUGGUGGAGGACCCGUGGGUGACACAGCCUGUGAACCUUGCAGGCUACACCUGGGAGGAGGUGUGUCAGGUGAACAAGCCAGAGAGCGGAGGCCUGGCCAGCAUGACCGUGGACAUGGGCAGGAGGAGCCCGAGUGCAGUGGGAGGGCAGGGCGGCCUGGCCUGCAGCCCCCCGGACCUCUGCUGCCGCUCGCCUCGAGGUCGCCGACCUAGCAGCGGGCGACAGCUCCCCGCCCCGAAUCCCGGAUCCCGGCUCGAGAAGGAGCGGAGCGGCGCUAACGCGGCCCGGGACCCGGCCUAG